CAGCCGCAGCGGGAGAUGACGACACUCACGCACCGAGGACGGCGUGCUGAGGCGGGAAGGAACUCGGACAAGAAGCCUGACAGCGAGGAAGAUGCAGACAGGGACCUGAAUGAUGAUGAUCCUGACGACUCCAAAGAUAUCCGCCUCACGCUCAUGGAGGAGGUGCUACUCCUGGGGCUGAAGGACAAGGAGGGCUAUACCUCCUUCUGGAAUGACUGCAUCUCUUCAGGCCUGCGGGGUGGCAUCCUCAUCGAGCUGGCUCUGCGCGGCCGGAUCUGCCUGGAGCCGCUCUCCAUCAGGAAGAAGAGGCUGCUGGAGAGGAAGGUGCUCUUGAAGUCAGAUGCGCCAACUGGUGAUGUUUUGUUGGAUGAGACCCUCCGACACAUCAGGGCCACGGAGUCUGCAGAAACAGUGCAGACCUGGAUAGAGCUGCUCACUGGGGAGACCUGGAACCCCUUCAAGCUGCAGUACCAGCUGAGGAACGUGCGUGAGCGCAUUGCCAAGGCGCUGGUGGAGAAGGGCAUCCUCACCACGGAGAAGCAGAACUUCCUGCUCUUUGACAUGACCACCCACCCUGUCAGCAACACGACCGAGAAGCAGCGCUUGGUGAAGAAGCUCCAGGAGAGCAUGCUGGAGCGGUGGGUGAAUGAUCCCCACCGCAUGGACCGCAGGACUCUGGCUCUCCUGGUGCUGGCUCACUCCUCAGAUGUGCUAGAGAACGUUUUUGCCAGCCUGGCAGAUGACAAGUACGAUGUGGCAAUGAACAGGACCAAGGACCUCCUUGAUAUGGACCCCGAGGUGGAAGCUGCCAAAGCCAGGAGCACAGAGAUGAUCUGGGCUGUCCUGGCAGCCUUCAAUAAGUCCUGA